AUGCAGCAACAGCUUUCAACAGAAGCUGCAACAGCAGCAGCAGCAGCAGAGGCAGCAACAGCUUUUAACAGAAGCAGCAGCAGCAGCAACAACAGCUGUAGCAGCAAAAGAUGCAGCAACAGCUUUCAACAGAAGCUGCAACAGCAGCAGCAGCAGCUGCUGCAGCAACAGCUUUUAACAGAAGCAGCAGCAGCAGCAACAGCAGCAGCAGCAGCAGCAGCAGCAACAGCAGCAGCAGCAACAGCUGCAGCAAAGUGCGAGGGCUCUGACUUCAUCUUAAUUUUGGACAGGUUGAGCAUCAUGCAGCUGCAGCAGCAGCUGCUGCUGCUGCUGCAGCAUGCUGCUUCCUUUCAGGGCAUCCGCUGCUGCCUCUAUGGGCGUCGCCGCGUGCAGACAGCAGCAGCAGCAGCAGCAGCAGCAGCAGCAGCAGCAGCAGCACGGAUUUUGCUUUGGUUGCUUUGGCGAUUUGCAGGCAGGCCAAGGACGUUUAAAGUGUUUGUAACAGCAGCAAGAGCUGCUGCUGCUGCUGCUGUUGCUGCUGCUGCUGCUGCUGCUGCUGCUGCGGAGUAUACGCGGCCUGUUGCUGCAGUGCUGCUGCUCUAA